UCCCGCUGCGAUUGUCGUAUUGGAAGCACCAUGUUGCUGCUGUUUCUCUUCAUCAAACGCUAAACGGGCGCGUAGAUUUCUGUUUUUAAAAAAAUUCUCAAGACAUUUAAUUUUUUCAAAUUUCCCAACAAUCAUAAAAAAAUACAAAAUUUGACAAUAUUAUUUUUACGGGUGUUUUAUUUUUAAAUUGGUGCAAUCAAAACGGUUUCCCCAGAAAAAAAUAAAGAUUUUCCAUCCUUGUGAAUUUUGGAAAUCUUAAUAUAUAAUAAAGUGAUUUUCCAAAUGAGACUGUUCAAAGUAUUUUGGUUCCUAAGUCGAGGAGGGACAAUCAUGACUUAAUUGCCUGACCUGGAAUCCUAUUUAACUAUAUAGCUCUAGCUAGUGCUGUGUGUGAUCUAUAUAUUGAGAUAUAGAGAGUGUCGUGAAAUUAUUUUUUUGGGAUUAUAAGAAUUUUGGAGAAAAGACUGCAAGUGCGAAGAAGAAAAAAAAUUAAUUAAAUAAAAAGAAAGAAACUUUGAUGAAAGUGUGGUGGUGAAAGAUGAUGAUGAAUGCAUUUAUGGACACAGGAGCGUCGGCUCAUCACCUGGCCACGUAUGGUCUGAAGAUGUCGCCAACGGGAUUGGCGCAGGAUGCAACUGUGUCAGCAUCAGGGAUGACCGGGGCACCUGGUAUGAAUACCGAUAUGUCCUCAUCUGCAUCCACCCAACAUCCCUAUCAGAAUACAGCCACAGCAGGGUAUCCGCCACAUCAUCCGGCGGCGACACACAUGAGUCACCUCAAUACGCAAAAUUCCCUCUACCCAAGGGACUUCCUUUUGCGACGUGACAACGAGUACAUCCCACCAACGGGCGCGAGUCAAUCGGCUGCGGAUCCCUCAACGAUGCUCUUCCCUUCCAUCCACCACCCGCACCCUUCGAUGCAUGACAAUCUCAAUCAUCACUCUGUGGGGCAGCAUCACUUCCAUCAGCAUCAAAUGCGAAUGGGUAUUGCACCGGAUUACACACAUCCGGCAUACCAUCAUCCGCAUCAGGGAAAUUUUCCGUCGGUCCAUCAUCACAAUCUCGCCAAUUUGCCCAUGAAUGCCGCCCAACCGGGUGCCUUUAUUCGCUACAUGCGACACCACCAGCCGUCUGCCAUAAAGCAGGAGAUGCAGUGUCUCUGGGUGGACCCAGAUAACCCAAUGCUCCAUCAGACUGCUGCACCGGGUGCUGGGAGGAAGACUUGUGGCAAGACCUUCAAUACGAUGCAAGACAUCGUGACACAUCUCACAGUGGAGCACGUUGGUGGACCCGAAUGCACCACUCAUGCCUGCUUCUGGAUGGGAUGCACUCGAAAUGGGCGCCCCUUCAAAGCCAAGUACAAACUCGUCAACCACAUUCGCGUUCACACGGGUGAGAAACCCUUCCCGUGCCCCUAUCACGGAUGCGGCAAAGUUUUCGCACGAUCCGAGAACCUCAAGAUCCACAAACGAACACACACCGGUGAGAAGCCAUUUAAGUGCGAACACGAGGGAUGCGACAGGAGAUUUGCCAAUUCAUCGGACCGGAAGAAGCACUCGCACGUUCACACGUCCGACAAGCCCUACAAUUGCCGCGUAAAUGGGUGCGAUAAGUCCUACACGCAUCCUUCCUCCCUGAGGAAGCACAUGAAGGUGCACGGGAGUCUGGGUGAGAAAUCACCGUCGCACGCGUAUGAUAGCGAAGGUGAGGAAUCGAGCUCGUCGAGUGUGAUCACGGGUGGAACGCAGACGCCGCCGACGACGCGUCUGGGUGGCGGAACGGAUAAGCUGCUGACGCCGUCGUCGAUAAAGUCAGAGACCGGCCAUGGGCAUCAUACACACCUGUCGCACCAUUCGCUGCACAGCAACAAUAACAACAAGCCACCGCCUCCGCCUGCACCGUACGGCCCGCUUGCGCCGCACCAGACGCCGCCCGCAUCGUCUGCCUCGUCAAUGCUCGUGGGACACCAUCAGCACCAUCUUCUCUAUCACCAUACGCAGCAUCCCAACGAUUGGUACCAUCACCAUCAUUCACCGAGCACCCCUACCGCAGACACCAUGACGCACCUCAAUCACUUCAGUCAUCACCAUCUUGUGCAUCACGGCGCCGCCACGGCGUACUGAGGAGAACCCCUCGGUGGCCCCAUUGCAUGGCACGAUCCCCACGCUCCUGAGAUCAGUGACAAAAACUAAAAUGGCGCAACGUUCGUGCACACAGCCUAUGCUGAACCUAUUGGUUAGUGAGUCCUAUUCUAAAAGCUACCCAGUGACAAUACCUAUAUAGGCACUAUGACUUAUUAACUUAAAUAAUUAUUUUCCCGUCUUUUGCAAUCAUUUUUAAGGUCAGGAACGUAUUUAAAAGUUUUUUUAGGUAAAAUAUUUCAAAGGAGCUUAUUCAAGCUGCUCUGCUUCUAGGAAACAAUUUUGAUCAGUAAUAUCUUUUAGAGGAUCAAAAAAAAAAACGCAAAAUAACUUAUCAUUUUCCGCUAAAUCCACUAAAGAUUUCCCAGAAAAUGUAAAAAUAUGCGCAGUCAUUGCCCAUUUUUUUCCCUUUUAAUGUUUCAAAACAUUCGCAACAAUGUUUCAUCAAUGAAUUUGUCGCUAUGAAACAUUGUUGUGAGUCAAAAUUGUUUCCUCGAAUCAGAGCACAACCCAUAUAUGAUUGAAUGAACUCCUUUCUUAAACUUUCAUGAGCUUUUGAAAGCUUAAUUUUUUUUAAAUUUAAAUUGAGAACAAAUUGAACUUUUUUAUAAAAAUUGAUUGAAAAUGAAAAUAUUCCUUUAAAUUUUCGUUCUUGAAAUUUUAAAUCUACCACAUAAAAUGACAUAAAUUAUGCAAAUUCUCAUAUAAUGCAAAGAUUGAUCAAAGAUAGUGCUAAAUAUGGUAUUGCUACAUGCAAGAUAUUGCAAGCAGGUUUUAUAUAGGCUGUGUAUUUGUCUCCUAUAAAAUUUAGCAAUUUUAUCGAGAACAAACCACCUCUACUAAUCACGCCAUGUUGGCCGCGAAUCCUAAGAAAAAAACAAUUUGAAAGUUAAAUGUCUCUCAAAGACACCGACUUGUGCCUCUGCUUGUAUCCCUCUGGAAGUAAUGACGACAAAAUUCGUAGAUUUAAGCAAAAAGAAAAGCUAAAAAAAAAAUUGUAAACCCAAACCACCCUCGCAAAAGGGGGUCGGAGAGGGUGUAUGUAGAAGUUCGUUCGUGUUACUUAGUGGCGAGAGAUUUUUAGUUGAGAGACUUUUUUUGUUGGUUUAGAUAUCCUUGAAUUCCCACAUCACGACAAACUACCAUUAAUUAGGGCUUUUAUGUGAACGAAUGAGACGACUUUUUGCUCGAUUUUAGAUGGAAAAUUUGAGUCAUUUUCUCACAUGACGAUUUAGGAAAAAUUUGUAUGAAAAAACCACCAACUACCCCAUCCCCAUCCCUUCUUAAUAAGCUUUGACGAGUUUAAAUGUGUGUGAGUUUAGAUGAAAACACACUCGAGAUUAAUUUUUGCCUGCCAGACCCAUCACAAAUUUUAGUGCGUAGAAAUUGACAAGAUAAUUAAUUUAUUGCAAGUGUGAUAAAAAGAGAAUAAAAAAAUUGUAAAUAUAGAUUAUAAAAAAAUAUAGUUUUAAUUUUAUUGUAUGUUGACCAAGAGAAAAAAAGAAAAUUCUAUAACAGCGAAAAAAGCUCAUUGCGCUUCAGAACACCACCCCCUGCAAAUGAAAAAAAAAAAAAUUGCGCCAAAAACAAUUUUUUGAACCUCCUGGACUUGUGUUGAAAAUUUAAUUAAUUUACAAUUUAUAAAACAGAACAAUAUAGUGCAUCACAAUGGGACAACAAAAGGAGAGUCAGUGAGUGUAGAGAGGAGAAUAAAUGAGUUUUACUAUAAAUAAAAUUUAUUGUAAAUUGUAAUGUUGUAAAUAACAAUUGAAAAUAAUUGAAGAAUUAAAGUAUUGUGAAUGUAUUA